AUGGCGGAGGCUCCAAGGGACAUCCGCUGCCGCGGCUGUCGGUGUCGUCGGCGCAGGGAGUGGGAAAUGAUCAGGGGAUUGGUUUGGGAUCUGCGUCCGGAUCGCGCUAGGCCUAAUCUUUAUGACGCUAAUUCCAAGACCCGAGGACUUGCCGCCGACCACCAGAGCCAGCAGUACUACGACACCUUCCAAGGCGUCGCCAACUACCCCCCUCCGCAGCCACCGUCCGAGCCGGUAGUCGGUUUCCCUACGCCAGUCCCUCCUCUCGGCUCCUCCGGCCGGCCUCCUCUACCUCCCCAGCGCCACCAUCACCACCACCACCAGGGAUACCAAACUGUCACCGGUUAUGUUGUUGUUGAGGGAAGGCCUGUGAGGGAACGAAGGCUUCCGUGCUGUGGUCUUGGAAGCGGCUGGUUAUUGUUUAUAAUGGGGUUCUUUCUUGGUGGCAUCCCCUGGUAUAUUGGAACGUUUAUUUUACUUUGUGUGAGGGUGGACUACAGAGAAAAACCUGGAUAUGUUGCAUGCACAUUAGCAUCAAUUAUUGCAGUGCUAGCUAUCACUCUUGGCGUUACAAAGCGAACUCACAACUGGUGAGGAUAAUAUGGACAACAAGCUUGAUUCUCUGUU